AUGGUGAGUGGGCAGGUGAUCGCCGUCGGAAAGAUGAAGCUUAGGAUUGGAGAGGCAAUCGGUGAGGGUGCAUAUGCCCGGGUCUACUCGGCCGUCAGCCAGGAUACUGGAGAGGAGGUCGCUGUGAAAGAGAUGCGUUGUGGACAAGGAGCUGGAAUACUUCCGGAUGCGAGCGUACAAAGGGCAAUGUUCGAGGUGAAGGUCAUGCGGCAGCUGACGAAUGCAUCAGAUAGUGGUGGGUUGCGUGUUCCGAGUCUUCUCGACCACCAGAUUUGGGAUCUAUCACCUGCAGAACCUGGUGCAUUCCUCUGCCGUGUCGUCAUGACACGGCGCAACGGCCAAGCCCUGAUCUCAUGGCUUGAGGAGCGCGAGCUUCUUGUGGAGGAUGCCAGGGUUCCCAGUUCUCCUUCGCAGUACUGUACUUCGUUCCUGCAUGCGGCAGCCGCUGCCAGGGAGCUGCUCCGCCAACUUGCACCGACUUUCCGCGAAUUGAACGGCCGCAUCGCUAUGCACCGUGACGUAAAUGCAAGGAACCUUCUAAUCGCCUGCUCUGAAGUUCGACCUGGACCUGGCAAGGCCGGCGUGGCACCCUCUGAGGCCUCGACUUUGGAGGCCCAUUUUGCAGUUGGAAAGGGGGAGAAUGAAGAGACACUUUGGCUCCUUGAGUUCACCUUGCUGGACUUUGGCUCCAGCAUCGACUUCGGUGCCUGGAGCAGCGGCUCUGGGGCGGAGGGCUCCUGGAACUACGAGAACCCGACUGGAGAUGCGAGGUACUGGGGGCCAGCCUCGUGGGUUCGAUUCCUUCACGGAGCGCAGGCCCUGGACGGGAGCCUGGAAAUGCAGUACUCCAGGCAUUUGGACGGCUUUGCCUUGGCCAUCUGUGCUUUGGAGACCCUCGCCAAGCUGCACACUGAACGCUUUCCCAUGGAGGUAAGGCAUGACGGCGACGUGGCCUUUGGCAGGGAGAUGCAGGUGGCUUUCUUGGAUAGCAUCCAGCAGCUCCACAAUGCCUGGUCAGGACCUACUUGGUUUCUGCAGUCUUUGGGGGGCAAGUUGGCGCUUUUUUCUUCCAAGGUCAAGAUACUGGAGAUUCGCAGUAGCCUCCUUCGAGAGCUUGGCGGAGCCAUGUGCCAAGUUGAGGGACUCCCACUGUUUGGGCCCCGUGCGAAUAGCCCAAGUUGUUUUAAAGUGAGCCGGGGCGCCAUGAAUCCCGUUGCUUCUGCAGGUAUUCGCAGCUUGUUUGCCUCGGAGAGCAGCAGAAGGCGACCCAGGCCUGGAAGGACCCCGCAGGCUGCAAGUUGGCUGUGUAGCCCCGACUGCUCUCCUUUCCUGGUCUUCUGCUCUGCUCCUUCAUGCUCCUUCGCUCCUUCGUCUUCAGUGUUCCAGAGCUUCCUACCUGACCUGGCCGCCUGGCCCAUGCGUUGGCUCGAGCUUCGUGGUCUCACGCGUCGCGGCCGCGACGGCGAGGCUGGUGUUGUGGGUUUAGCAGGUUAG